AUGAGCGCCCCAUCUCCCACCCACCUCCUCAUCCAAAUUCGUUUCGACAACCUCCAACCAGCCAACAGCCCCUCCAACACAGCACUGAUACCCCUCCCCACGCCUCCAUACAUCGCCAGCCUUCAAGCAUCCCUCAUCUUCAUCAUCGAACAGCGAGCCUUCGGCAUCGCCAAGCCGUUUGGUCUGAUGGAGAAGCCUCAGAUAAAGACAAAGUGGAGCGUGUGUUGGGAUCUUCCGUCACCGGGAUGUACUUAUGAGUUGCGUAUGGCGUUGGAGAAGAACGAGGAUGUGGCGAAGGCGCUGCAGAUGAUGGCUGUGAGGAGAUGGAGAGAUUCGUUUAUUGUGGAUGUUCAGAUUCGUUGAGAGGUGAGGGGGAUUUUGAGGGAGGAUGGCAUGCCCUUGUGGUUGUGGAGGUGAGGAAGUGGAAGGAUGUUCUGCUUGGUGACGUGAUGGAAGCUGGGAGCUCUGCUGGGAAACUAUUGGAUGGAAAGACGCGGGAGACAUUUAGUGAAUACUCUGGGAUUCGGAGUUCAAUAUUUUCUUUUCUGGGGGUGUCUCUUGGAUACUGAAGCCGUGA